AUGUUGUCAGUGGAUACAGCUCCUACUAAGGCGCUCGCGAUAGCAUCGCUACUCGUUACAGUGGUGUAUCUUUACGGCAAGCUUUACUAUAAACGAUUUAAGCAAAAUGCCCAUCUCCCUCAACUCUCUUCAUCCCUUCUUUGGGGACAUCUUAUGGCAUUCGAUGACUUCACCAAAAGAGGCAUCACAGACCGCCACCCAGACGCCAUCUUCGCCGAUAUGUACCGUGCCUUAGGGCAGCCACCAGUUAUGUUACUUGAUAACUGGCCUAUUGUACCCCCAAUGGUCAUAGUUGCUAGCCACCAAGUCGCCGAGCAGCUGUCAAAGCCUUCACAACGUUUCAAUAUAAAUGAAAGGUGGAAGGCCGUGCGCAAGAGGUUCAAUCCAGGGUUUUCCCCUCAGCAUUUACUUACUCUUCUACCUGUUAUCUUAGACAAAGCAGCGCCUUAUAUGGAACAUAUUGACGAGUUUGUUCGUACGGGACAUACGUUCCCGCUAGACCAGUUUAUGACGAAUCUUACGUUCAAUAUCAUCGGGGCCGUUGCUAUGGAUGAAGAUAUGAGUGCGCAGGGUGCUGAUCAGGGUAUACUAAUUCAGAUGUUCAAAGAACUAAUAAAAACUUAUGCAGAUGACAAGCUUCAACUGCCUUGGUGGUUGAUACCUCGAACUCAUCUGAGACGGCGUGAACUUGGACGGCGUAUCUCGCAUCAGUUGAAAGCUAUAGUCCGUCGUAGCUUCAAUGACAUCAACGAAAAAAACAACGCCAACUCUCGAUCGAUUUUAGCACUGAGUCUACAGGGUAUUCCAUCACUUACCCCUGAGAUCAUAGAGGAGACGUGCGACCAGCUCAAGACUUUUCUCUUCGCGGGCCACGAUACUACCAGUACCACGAUCAUCUGGUGUAUUUAUGAACUUACACGUACACCACACGCUAUGAAGUCGGUUCACGCUGAGUUAGACAAUCUUUUCGGGCCUGGGGGCGCUCGCAAUCCAACCGUCGUCCGGGAGAAACUCUUAGCUCCCAACGGCGAAGGGAUUAUUCACGGGAUGACAUACAUAUCCGCCGUUAUCAAGGAAGUUCUCAGGUUACACCCACCGGCUGGCUCCAUCCGUAAGUCGGAGCCUGGGACGGGUUUCACAGUUUCCACGCCAGAUGGAGAAUACAACCUUGAUGGAAAUUGGGUAUAUCUUAAUCACACCAUUAUCCACCGCGAUCGUACUGUCUUCGGCGAAACGGCCGACGAUUUUAGGCCUGAGCGGUGGCUUCAACCUCAAAUUGAAGAUAUCUCGACAACUGCCUGGAGACCAUUUGAGCGCGGUCCGAGAAACUGUAUCGGGCAGGAGCUCGCAAACAUCGAAACGCGAGUGAUCCUCGCUAUGCUAGCUCAACGGUAUGAGUUUACCAAGGUUGGCCUUGGGGAGUUCGUGUUGAAUGGGGAUGAUAAGGGUUAUUAUAAAGCAAAGUCGGAGUUAUAUGCUACUAUACAGAUUACUGCUAAGCCGGUCGAUGGGAUGCUGAUGAAGGUUAAACUGGCUGCAGCAGAAGAUUAA